ACCAGAUCCAGAGGGAUUCAGCGUCGUUAAUGAUCAUGAAAACUGCGAAAAUUGUAUAUUGUUUGAUAUUUUGAUCAAUACAGGACAUAACAAAGUCUAGUGUUAUUUAGUCACAAUGUCCUUGAACGACACAAAAAGCAGUCAAAAUGAUGAGAUCACAAAUCCGAUGCCCGCGGAGGACCGCCGAGAAUUCCUGUUGAAUAACGAAUUGUAUUCAGAUGUAACCUUCCGAGUCGGACCGCACCGUCAACCUAUAUACGGUCAUAAGAUUAUUUUGAUGUGCUCGUCGAAGUACUUUUUCAAUCUAUUCAAAAAUGCUAACGUGAACACGAUCACCCUGAAAACCGUCGAGCGGAACGAUUUCCUGGAGAUUCUGCGUUACGUAUACUGCGAAAAGAUCAAUCUCACCGCCGAGAAUGUUCGUGCGAUUUACCGCCAAUCUAAAAUUAUGUCUUUCGAAAUGGUAGUGAAAGCUGUGGUAGCCUUCCUCAUCCAAAACAUUAACCCGGAUAAUGUACUUGAGAAAAUGGUAGAAAAUUGUUUCUACCAGGCUUGCGAACUGCUAACAUUUAUUUUGGCUGGCACCUAAGACAACACAGUCACAGCCAGCGGCGAGCCCAGCUGCCGAGCGCUGCUAUAGCCGUUCAGUGUCUGAAUGAGUGCUGUGUGUUACCGUGAGAGGUAUGACACACGCAAGCGA